AUGGCCCCAAGAAAUUCUCUCAAAUUUUUCUCACUACUAAUUUCUUCAUUUGCCAUUGUGCAGAUGACAAUGGCCGGAGAUCCAGAUAUCCUUACGGACUUCGUAGUGCCACCAAACUUGAGUGCAUCCAAAAUAACUGGAUCAUUCUUCACUUACACUGCUCUCAGAACCAUAGCAGCAGCUACAACCUUCAAUGUCACCAAAGUAAGCAUGAGCGAGUUCCCGGCGCUCAAUGGCCAAAGCGUCAGUUAUGCCGUUCUGCAGUACCCGGCGGGGACGACUAACCCACCUCACGUUCAUCCUCGCUCCGCUGAACUCCUUUUCCUCUUCCAUGGAUCUCUGGAGGUAGGUUUUGUCGACACCACCAAUAAGCUCUACACACAGACACUGCAAGCUGGCGACAUUUUUGUGUUCCCCAAGGGUUUGGUGCACUUUCAAUACAACGCCGAUCCCAAGGUAUUUGCCUUUGCAGUUUCGGCCUUCGGAAGCGCCAACGCCGGGACAUCGUCACUUCCAAAGGCUUUGUUCGCCACUGACAUUGACGAUGACGCUUUGGCUAUCUCUUUCAAGACUGAUGUUGCCACCAUUCAAAAGCUCAAGGCUGGUCUUGCUUCCAAGCCAUAA